AUGCCACCUAAAUGCAGACGUGGUAACAACGGCCACGCAUGGCCGCAUGCAGGUCGUCGAUCGACUGGCAGCAAUGGAGAUGAACCCGCAGAGGGUAGUGGCAGGGCACCCUAUAAGCUGCAGUCGCCAAAGGUACUGGUGAUGUGGCCCAAAGCAGAGCAAUUCGACGAGGAGAAGGUGAUCGAACUCAUGCGGGGGCUGGGGGAGGGAAUCAGGCUCAAGAUUGCGCACAAGGAUCAUGCAGAUGGUACACCGCACUAUCAUGCGUACAUCGAGUUCCAAUCUCAGCCAUCCAUCCGCGAUGCGCAGAACCGGCUUACCGUCAACGGAAACAAGCCGUCAUUCCAACCCGUGGUCAGGACUCCAGAAAAGGUCUGGAAGUACGUUGGAGACUCCGACAAGGCCAGCACAUUCGUAGUGCAGGAUUACUUCCCGCCCGGUCACUUUCGGCCCCCUCCCAGACAGGAGGUGCGCUCGGUGGCCACAGAAUUGGCUGAGGCUGUCGAGGAUGGCUCACAUGAGCAGGCCCUCGAAGCCCUAAAAAACAAGGCUAAUCACAACUACACUCACAUUCGCGACAUGUCCACCACCUCUGACGAGUUUAUGAAAUAUAUGCUCCAGCACGCUACCUCUGACUACUUCAAGAAUUUCGUCAACAUCAAUACGGCGUCCAAAAACGCUUUCAAGCCUCCCGAAGUGCCAUACGAGCGCCCACUGGGGCUGGUCAUUGACCUUGAGCACUACCCUGAAAUUUCCGACUGGGUCGAAAAUGAGUUGAAACCGCGACUCGGCAAAGGCUCGCAAGGUAGCAGGGGCAAGUCUUUGUGUCUUUACGGAGAGUCCAGGACAGGAAAAACCCUAUUUUUCAGGAGCCUUCCUGGAAACCACAUUUACAUGCACCACCUGUUCAAUUCAACUGAGUUCUUAUCGAAGCCAGAAGCAGACUUUGCCAUCUUCGAUGACUUUCGGAGCCUCGAAUAUUUGCCCUCAUUCAAGUGCUGGUACAGGCAGCAGCAUAGGUUCACCAUUACAGACAAGUACAAACCCAAAGAGAUGGUUACAUGGGGGCGUCCUGCUAUCUGCCUCGAGAAUGACGACCCUCGCAACGGUCCCAAGCUCACCCCUGGUGAUAUCGACUCGCUGAAUAUGAACAUGAUAUUCGUAGAAGUCACAGGGGAACACAAGCUUGCAUGGGUCGACUCCGAACAGGUGGACCUAGCGAAAGCCACCGCGGAGCAGGAGGCGCUGCGUGCCACUGAAGAGGUAGCUAUGGUGCCUCUCGAGGGCUUUUCGCCUCCAUGGUCGCUGGCAGAUGACUCGCAGUCGGAGGAUGAGCUCUUCGUGGCCAACACGGAGUGGGAGUCGACGCUCUGGGGGCCCGAGCCAGUGCAUGAGGAGCCCAAUUUCCCUGAAGACGACUCUUCGCCGCUGUCUUCUCUGGAUACGGAGUCGCCCCCAGCGCCAGAGGCGCCGAUGGUGGUGCCACGAGGCAUCAAGCGCAAGCGAGGAUCCAAUCCCUUCGUGGACGAUGAGGCGGGCGUUUCUGGUGAUGAAGACGAGCAGGAGGACGACGAGGAUGAAGAUGGCCAUCUCGAAGGCUUUGUUGUGCCAGACCAUGUUUUUUAG